CUUUCUCUCUUUCUUUUCAAAAAAACAAAUAGUCCAAAAACUUCCCGGUCUGCUUUCAUUUCUGGGUGCCAUAUUACCCAGAAUAUGAAACUCUCCGUAUACUUCCUAUGGCUCGUCAGCAUCCCUCUCCUCGUUCAUUCUCUCCCAGUUCCUGACAUUAGAGGCUAUCUCCUAAACUGCGGUGCGGGCUCGUCUGGUGAGGUAACCUCGGGCAGCCUAAAGUACAUCACGGACGAGGGUUUCGUAUCAGUUGGCAACAUAACCACCCUCAAAACCCCAGACCUGUUGCCCGUACUAUCCACCUUGCGGUAUUUUCCUGACACGAGCGCACGUAAAUAUUGCUAUGUGAUACCUGUAACCAAAGGAGGGAAGUACCUGUUGAGGACGACGUACUAUUACGGAGGUUUCGAUGGAGGGAAGGAGCCGCCGGUGUUCGACCAGAUUGUGGACGGGACUAAGUGGGGCACAGUCAACACCACCGAGGACUAUGCGAACGGACUUAGUUCGUAUUAUGAGGUGGUGGUUAUGGCCAUGGGGAAGACGCUGAGUGUGUGCUUGGCGAGGAACCAGAAGACUGUUUCCAGCCCCUUUAUCUCGGCUCUUGAGCUCGAGUACUUGGAGGAUUCCAUGUAUAACACCACGGAUUUUAGUAAGUAUGCGCUCAUCACGGUUGCGAGGAGUACCUUUGGAAGUGAUCAGGAUGAUAUCAUAAGUUAUCCAGACGACGAAUUCAACCGGUUGUGGCAACCAUUCAAUGACGAGAACCCAGUUGUCAUAAGCCACUCCAAUGUAACUUCUUCAGACUUUUGGAACCUCCCACCAGCAAAGGCAUUCCAAACUGCAAUCACAACAAGCCGAGGAAAGGAACUCCAAAUCCAGUGGCCACCUUUGGCCCUCCCUAGCACUAGCUACUACAUCUCACUCUAUUUCCAGGACAAUCGGACCCCGAGUCCAUACAGCUGGAGAGUCUUCAAUGUUUCUCUCAAUGGCCGGAUUUUCUACACCGAUCUUAAUGUCACGGCCAGUGGAGUAACCGUCUACGCGACGAAAUGGCCUCUUUCUGGGCAGACCAAAAUUGUAUUGACUCCUGCAACUGGGAUACCUGUUGGACCUGUCAUCAGUGCUGGUGAAUUAUUUCAGAUUCUUCCUCUCGGUGGAAGGACUAUCUCUAGAGAUGUGAUGGCCAUGAAUGAGUUCGCCAGAAACUUGGACAACCCACCUUCCGAUUGGAGGGGUGAUCCUUGCUUACCUAGAGAAAAUUCAUGGACUGGAGUUGCAUGUUCCAAGGGACAAUUUGCUCGCAUUGUCACUCUGAACUUAACAAAUGCUGGGCUGUCCGGCUCACUGCCAUCAAGCAUUGCCAAGUUAACUGGACUCACCCAUCUUUGGCUUGGGGGGAACAAGCUGUCCGGCACCAUCCCAGAAAUGGGCUCAUUGAAAGCACUACAAACUCUGCAUUUGGAGAAGAACAAGUUGGAAGGACAAAUUCCUCAAUCAUUAGGCCAACUUGCUAAACUACAUGAGAUAUUCGUCCAAAAUAACAAUCUUGAUGGUAAAAUUCCUCCUUCGCUACAAAAGAGAAAAGACAUUAAUAUUCGGUUGUAGGGAUAUAUAUGCAGAAAUAAGCACGACUAUAUAUGAUAGAGAUGGAUGAGAUCAGAGGAGUGCCAACAGAUAAUUCUGCACCACUUUAAUUAGUGCAUGCCUUAAUUGGGUGAUCAUGAAACAGAAACAAGUUCUACCAUUGUAGCUGCAGGCCGAGGAAGGCGUGCAGAGGGUGUGUCGAGAUUGAUUGGCAUUGGUCUAAGAUGAAGGUCUACAUGUUUGUGUCUUGCUUCUCACUACUUCACUAGUAUUCAAUGUCAGCAUAUUGACAUGAUUAAUGCUAAAUCAACAAACUAAGCCCUGCCCAGUGCCUGCAACAUCUGUUUGAGUAAACCAAUAUAUAUUAUAUAUGAAACUUACUGUC